UAUGAGAGGGAUCACACCGGAAUUGCGAGGGAGAUCAUAAAGGGAGACGCAAGGCGAAUUGAAGAAAGAGAGCACUACUUAACAAAGGAGCCAAGUAGACCCAAAGGAUGAGAUAAAAGAAAAAAGGGAAGAGAAGAGGAAUGCCGCAAGAAGGAGUAAAAAAAAAAAGUCCAAAGAAGCAAGCACGUUUUGGGGUGAAUCGACGACUUACCCAAACGGAGCGGUGUUUUGCUACCAGUCGCAGCAGAAUUCUGGGAUGGGGAAGUAUAUUUUCCUGUCCUAGUAAAUCUUACGCACAGUCCCAGCUGCAGAGUGUCGUGCGACCAGUGGAAUUUUCCUUGGGACGGAGCAAGACUACCUUGUCCUUAAUUUCGUUUUUCUUUUUUUCGCUUUGCCUCCUUUCGGGUUUUGGAUCCUUUCUGAGUUUGGGGGAUGAUCGACGGCGCAAGGAGGAGCACGUCCACCGCGGCGCAGCGCGGGCAAAGGCAAGUCGGCAAGUCGCUACUAUCAGCCGGCCAACGCGAUGGAAGGGAUCACCGCGUUCAGCAAUUCAGGGUGUAGGCCAGAUGGGUCGAUGAUGCGGGGGAAAAGCCAAAAGCACGACCAGAAUGAGGGGGAGGUAGGGCGAGCAGUAUGUAGGUAAGUAAGUACUAAAAUGAUCGGAGCGAAAGAGUCAUGCGAAGGGGCAGCAUUGAC